AUGCCUGGUCUAGUGCAAUUAAAACUCCUCCUUUCUGUCCUUCUUUGAUAGGUUGUCUGUGUGGAGGGCCAUGUGAGCAAGACCCUGAACUACCUGGAGAUGAGUCCUUCAAGUGUCUUGAAGAAUGGGCCAUAUGGUACUGCUUUGAAACCUCACUCGCUCAGUCCUGCCCGGAUAUUUUCCAGUGAGCCAUCCAAAGCCAAACUGGACCCCUACAGUGGCGCCCUGAAUCCCUGGGACUGGAGCAAGAACCAGACAGCCAUGGAGCAUUUCAACCAGCGAGCCAAGAGGAAGCCCUCCUUGAAGGCAGGCCGUACCAAGAAGAUCUUUGGCUGGGGGGAUUUCUACUUCAACAUCAAGACCCUGAAGUUUAGCCUCCUGGUGACCGGAAAGAUUGUGGACCACAUCAAUGGCACCUUCAGUGUCUACUUCCGGCAUAACUCUUCCAGUCUGGGCAAUGUCUCGGUGAGCAUAGUGCCACCCACCAAGGUGGUGGAGUUUGAUGUCUUGGUCCCCCCUAUCCAAGCCCAGCACCUCCAUCCCCAGCAAUCUACCUUAGCUGAGCCCAAGGAAUCCAAGACCUUCAAUUGCCACGUGGAAUACGAGAAGACCAACCGGGCACGCAAGAACAAGCCAUGCCUCUAUGACCCCUCCAAGAUCUGCUUCACUGAGCAUACGCAGAGCCAUGCCGCCUGGCUGUGUGCCAAGCCCUUCAAGGUCAUCUGCAUCUUCAUCUCCUUUUUCAGCAUUGACUACAAGCUAGUCCAGAAGGUCUGUCCAGAUUACAACUUCCAGAAUGAGAAUCCCUACUUUGGCUGA